GCAGUUUGUGUUGCCCUGCCCACACUGAGCAACUGAAAGUGUAACCUUGGGCGGAGAGUAAGGAUUAUAGACAGUCUUGUCUGUGCCCAAACUGAAAAUGUUUGGAUUAUAGUCAGAUUGUUCCAGGACUGCGAAAAGAGGCUGAAACCAUCUGUUCUUACACCCUACAUUAUAUCCACACGCUGUUGGGAGUCACUGAGCCGUGAGAAGAUCAUUUGGGAGGACAUGGCGGUGGAGAGUGUACUAGAGCAGCUGAGACCCACAGGGUCACCUGGGGACUUGGUGGAAUGGUUCCUGUAUCGGCUGCACAUGGGGCCAUGGUCACAGGGCGGUAUUGUGGUCAUAGGACUGUUUGUGUUGACAGUUCUGUCUCUGGUUGUCUUUGCUCUGCUGUAUGGAUGCUGCUGUGGAGGACAAGUAGUGAACCAGAAGAAGAAGAGGAAGACACAGAAGGACGGGGUGAUUUAGACACAUGAAAGGAACUGAAGGAAUGAAUGUUGACAAAAUUUGUUUAAAUUUUGCUGUCCAACCGAUUGAACCCUGGGUUUUUCCAUUGUUAUAUGUCAUAACUUUUGUAGUGUUGACAUUUCUUUGCUGUUUUCCAUUGCUGUAUUUGUACUGGUUGAUAUCAAAUCAAACAACUUUUUUAUUAACUUUAUGUAAAAUAAUUCUCUCAUUGAUUAGUAGUACCUGGACUUGAUAUGAUUAUUAAAUACUCAAUCAAAAAUGUGUGUCUAUCUAUAUCAGCGACAUAAAAGCUACUUCAUGAAAAAAGACACAAGUCAUUGAUGUUCCAGGCAGUCCAGGUGCAUUUACAGCUUAAUGACUUCUGUGUUUUUUGUGCUUCACAUAUAGAAAUGCACAAAUACAGUGAACUGCUACUGUUGAAGUAAAGGUUACUAGCAUUUCUAACCAUAGGUGUAUUUUAGCCUGAAAAUUGUUAUAUCCGUCUCUGUUUGUUUUUUAUCCCUAUUUUAUUUGCGUUGUAGCAGCAUAUAAAAUAAAUAUAAAACACGGAUAGGCGUAUUUAAGUGGUGAUUAUUUAACAACAGCGGACAUUUAACAAUGUUCAGAUGUUAAUAAAUAAUUACGUGUCACAAUCCGCAUACUACAGACCUCCAAAUAACAUUAGAACUACAUCUCCCAGUGCUACUCUGGUGCUACGCAAUGCAAUUUCACUGACGUUUUUAUUCUGCGACCUGGCGUUUGUGCGACACAUACAGCAAUGGCGAGCGGUAAAAAGAGUGCUCUACUCUCGUCUUUGGCAGACUAUGGAGACGAUUCAGAGCCUGACUCUGACCCCGAAGUAGAAGAGACAGGGGGGCGUGGAGGAGGUCUGGUAUACGGCUAUGGUGAUGAUGACCUGAACAGAACUGAUGGUGCAGAUGACAAGGGCUCUGGAGAUGAAGACAGCAGAGAAAGCAACUCGGAAAUGGACGAAUCUGACGAGGGGAGGGACGCAGAUGAUGUUGAGAUUUCAGAAGCAGAAAGUAAGGACCCCAAUGAACUAGUUGCUCUGUUCUCCGAGAAGGUGAGGAACAUGUCACCUGAUGAGAUCAGGAUCCCCCCCGAGCCCCCUGGACGCUGCUCGAGCCAACUACAGGACAAGAUCCACAAGCUGUACGAGAGGAAGCUCCAUGGAGAUUUUGACACAAACAGCCACAUACAGAAAAAGAAAGAAUUUAGAAACCCAAGCAUUUACGAGAAGCUCAUUCAGUUCUGCAGUAUAGAUGAACUGGGAACUAACUACCCAAAAGAUAUGUUUGAUCCUCAUGGCUGGUCAGAGGACUCCUACUAUGAAGCUCUAGCCAAAGCUCAGAAAGUUGAGAUGGACAAACUGGAGAAAGCCAAGAAGGAGCGAACCAAGAUUGAAUUUGUCACGGGGACUAAGAAAGGCACCAACCCCUCAAGCACAGCAGCCAACACCACCAGCAACAGCACCACCACCACAGCUACAGCAGAGGCCCAGAAGAGGAAAAGCAAAUGGGACUCUGCAAUCCCUGUGACCCUGGCCCAGCCCACCAUCAUCACCACCACGGCGACCCUGCCGGCUGUCGUCUCAGUGACGACCACUGCCAGCGGCACCAAGACUACUGUCAUCUCGGCAGUGGGAACCAUCCUAAAGAAGGCGAAGCAGUGAGCUCAGAGAAUGGGCAGGGUCAUAUUUAUUAGAAUUAGCAGUCGAAACAAUGACUGACACGAAGCUGGAAGACCUGUUGUCCUGCGCUCAUUUUCUACGUACGAAGGUGCAGGGAGACGACAAAUGAACUGAUGGACACUGUGCUCCGUGUGGACUAAUGUAAAGACUUUACUGCCUUCUCUCUCUGGGAUUGUGUCUGCACUAUUGCAUCAUAAAGCCAAAUUCACAGUUUGGAGAAAAUACUCAAAGAGAAUCUGAAAGUGUGAUGCUUGCAGAUGUCAUGCUGAUCAGACCCGUCUGACAUUCAGUUGCUUUUUGUUUUUGUUUUGUUUUGUUUUGUUGGUUUUUUUUUAAUAUAUAUACAGAUAUAUAUGUUGGCAACAGUUGUUAGAUUAAAACAGGGAACAAGCAGAUGAUAUUGGUUUCAUAAGGAAAAGGGUCCCAAACAGACCUUGUAGAGAUAUCUUUUUAAAAAAAAGUGUUUAUUUUUUUCAUUCAUACUUCUGGUGCAGUAUUUUCACACCUCCUGUAGCAGUUAUGUGUAACAACCCGACAUGUGCAUCUUUUCCUUCAGCUAUUUUUUUUUUUUGUCUUCAUUAGCAUAUUAACGUCCCCCAAGGUAAGAUUUUUUUACACUUGUACAUAAGUUUUGAUGACAAGGUGAAUAAAUGGAUCAGAUAUUGCCUUUUCA